GCCCUGGCACAGCCACCCCACUGCCCAGGAGUGUCUGUCCCUUGCAGAGGUGGAGUGUGUCUUCUUCAACGAAGAGUACAUGACCUGCAUGUGGGGGAACACAGAGGUGCUCACAGUCAACUACUCCCUCUAUUACUGGUAUGAGAACAGGUCCCCCAUGGUGGAGUGCAAGCACUACCUGCAGGACCAGGGCAUCAAUGUCGGCUGCCACUUCAGCAAGAAUGAGAGCAUCCAGUUCCAGCCUUUCCGUGUCCUCCUCAACGCCAGCCUCGACGAUGGGACCCUGGAGUUCCCCAGCAAGCGCUUGGAGCUGCAAGACCUGGUGAAACCAGAGGCGCCUGUCAACCUCACCAUCCGCAACAUGAGCAACAAUCAGCUGCAGCUGACCUGGGCCUCCCCCUACCCUAAAGCCAAGUGCCUGGAGCACUCAGUCAAGUACAAGAGCAACAAGGACACCGACUGGACGGAGCUCCCGGUACAUGGAAAUGUCUUCUCCUUGCCCAGUGUGGACUAUGAGAAGUACUACACCUUCUAUGUGCGCAGCAAGAUCAACAAAUUCUGCGGCAGCACCCUCCUCUGGAGUGAGUGGAGUGUUCCCAUGGUCUGGGGCAGCAACUCCACUGAAAAUGGCACAGUGGAGGAACAGCUUCACUGGUUCUGGAUUCACACAGUCGUGAUUCCUAUUGCCUCCUCCUUGAUCUUGCUGGUCUUUGUUGUCCUACUGGUGCGCAUGGAAAGGGUGUGGGUCAUCCUAAUGCCCCGAAUUCCCAACCCCAGCAAGAACUUCGACGAGCUCUUCAUCACCCACAAUGGCAACUUCCAGGAAUGGGCUGGAGUCCCCAAAGAUGUCAUGGAGAGCUUCAAACCAAACUACAGUGAGAAUAUCUGCUAUGUGAGUGAGCUGCCACCCAAGGACAGCAAUGAGCCCCUCUGGGAAAGCAGCAACCACUCACCCCCUGCAAUGCCUGGCCCCCCCCCAGCUGCUCCCAGCGAGCAGUACAACCCCUACAAGAACAGCUAUGGGAGAGUGUGA